CUGCUGGGCUCCUGGUUGCUGAGGGAGCAAAAAGCGAGGUAGCCAGAGCUAAGUGUGGCGCUGCCUCUGUUCCACAGCUGGCAAAGGCUGCAGCUGCCCUUCCACUUGCCUGUCCACACCAUCAAUGAGCUGCUCACGCCCGGAACCGUGCCCCCCGCCACCCUUGAACUCUGUCUCCAGCGAUGGCUGUGGGCGGGGGGCAGACUCACGUCAGUUCCUCCUGCACUGGGGGCCACGAUUCCCAUGGGGCGAAGUUUGUAGCCCAGCUGGGCCCAGGUGCAUGUGCUGCACGCGCUGUCCUCUCUGUGGAGGGGACACGGGGCUGUUCGAGGAGCACAAGGAGCGCUCCGGGGACAGGACUCCUGCUGGCAGAGGGGAGGUACUGGAAUGGAAAUUCUGCAGCCUCGCCACCCUCUGUCACCCCGAAGAGCCGAUGGAAGCAGUGUCGAGAAAUGAUGGCUGCCUAUCAAUGGGUGUUGAGUUUCCUCUUCAUGGGCCCUUUCUUUUCUCUUCUCAUCAUCUUCCUCCUGUUCACCUCAGUCUGGUCAAUCUCUGUUCUCUACCUGGUGUGGCUCUACCUGGACUGGGACACACCUAACCAAGGUGGAAGGCGCUGUGACUGGAUGAGGAAUUUGACAGUGUGGAAGGACAUGAGGGAUUAUUAUCCUAUCAAGCUGAUGAAAACAGCAGAGCUGCCCCCCAACCAGAACUACGUGGUGGGAAGUCACCCACAUGGUAUCGUGUGUGCCAGUACUACCUGUAAUUUCUCCACGGAGGGCAAUGGCUUCUCCAAGCACUUCCCAGGGAUUCAGACCUGUCAAACUGGACUGAGUGGCCUCUUCUGCCUCCCAGUCUACCGAGAUUACAUUAUGAGCUAUGGAGUGCGUCCUGUGAACCGCCAGAGCCUGGACUUUGUCCUGUCCCAGCCCAAGCGUGGACAGGCCGUGGUCAUUGCAAUAGGGGGUGCACAUGAGGCCCUGUAUGCGAACCCAGGGCAGCACUGCCUCACGCUCCGGAAACGCAAAGGCUUUGUGCGCCUGGCGCUGAGGCACGGGGCCUCACUGGUGCCCGUUUACUCCUUUGGGGAGAAUGACAUCUUCAGAUUGAAGGCUUUUGCUGAUGGCUCCUGGCAGUUUCGGUGCCAGGUCAUCUUUAAGAAGCUCCUAGGCAUUACUCCUUGCAUCUUCUGGGGCCGCAGUCUGUUCUUGGCCAACUCCUGGGGGCUGCUGCCCUUUGCUGUGCCCAUAACCACCGUGGUGGGCCGCCCCAUCCCUGUGCCCCGGCGCCUCCAGCCCACCACGGACGAAGUUGACCACUAUCACGCCGUCUACAUGAAGGCUCUGGAGCAGCUGUUUGAGGAGCACAAGGAAAGCUGUGGCGUCCCUGCUUCUACCCACCUCACUUUCCUCUAGGCCUGGCCUCAGCUGCUCGCUGAGCCCCCAAGCCCUUGACCCAGUGUGCUGGGACCUCCUCCUACUGCCAUACUCCAUGCCCCCAAUCAAAGCAAGUUGGGGAAGUGAGCUUGUCCAGGCCUGAUCCACGCCCAUCCUGAUGUGCUACAGAGCUGCUGCCUGAGAUUGGACAGAGACUCAACUCUGCAUGUGGCUGGAUCUUGGACAAGCCCCUCCCCUUUGCCUCUUCUCUAGCUUUAAAUAAAGGCAUCUGCUUAGCUAA